AUGGAAAUUUAAGAUAAAAUUAUAAUUUUGAUUAAUUUGGUUUUGUCUUUAAUGUAUCUUAUUCUUAUAUGCCUAAUUCUAAUUCCUCUAUUCUAAUUAAAACAGUAAGCACUAUUCCUGUUCUUAACACAACAACUUUUAAAUUUGAUGAGUAAUAACUAAGUUUAUCUAUUGAUGUUAGUUUUAGGAAAUGUUAAUAAGGAGAAAUUUUAUAAAAUUUACAAAAAUAUAAAAUAUGCUAUACUUGUCAAUAAGGUAAUUAUUGUUUAGAAGAUCCUAACUAAAAUGAAAAUUUAUAGUGUUUAAAAUGUCCUUUUGGUUCUAAAAAUUGUCAUUCAAAUGUAAUCUAAUUAUAAAAUGGAUAUUGGAGUUAGAGUUAGAACUCAGACUAAAUUUAUUAAUGCCUUAAUCCUCAAAAUUGCAUUCCUGAAGAUCCUUCAAAUAAAUUCGGAUGUUUAGAAGGACAUAUUGGGGCUAUAUGUGAAUCCUGUGAUAGUGAUGGAACUGUUUGGGGAAAAAUAUAUGGUAAAAAUAAUAACGGUGUUUAAUGUUAAGAAUGUAUUUAAUAAAAUUAAAUUUAUUCAAUUAUUAUUUUGUGCUUAUUAGUGGUUAUGUUUUGUUGCUAUUUAAUCUUUUAAGUUCAUAGGUAGCUAGCAUUCUUAUAAAAAAAAAUGA